AUGCCCGUCACGGCGAGUUCACUAAUCGCAACACAACACGAUUUGUUUGGGUAUAUAAGUCGAGCUGUCAUAAAUCUCGAGAAGCUCGAGUCGAAGAAGCGAAUACCCAUACACUGUCAAACACGAAUAGAGGCUCUUGAAAACAAUUGGAAAAAAUUCCAAACAGCUCACGAACAGCUGACAACGAUCGAGCCCGAAAAAAGGGCAGAGCUUCCGUACUUUUCAGAUGAUCUCUAUGCUACAUGCGAGGAAGCAUUUCUCACUAAUAAGGCAGACAUGCUCGUGAUUAUCAAAUCGUGGAGAGGCCCGGAGCCCCUUGCUCACGACGGAGCGCCGGGGAAUGCCCUUACUUCCCGACAACUGCCGCGUAUAAAUUUACCGAAAUUUUCCGGGUCGUGUAAUGAAUGGACAGAAUUUCACGAUUUAUUCCAAGUAAUGGUCGGUCAGAAUCAGGACAUUUCCAAUGUGGAAAAACUGCAGUAUUUAAAAAUGAGCCUGACAGGAGACGCGUCCUUGCUCUUAAAAAAUAUUUCCGUCGCUGGGGACAACUUUGGGCGCGCCUGGGAAACUCUUGUUAAUCGGUACCAAAAUAAACGCGUUCUGAUCGACGCCCAUCUCGCGAUAUUAUUCUCGACGCGCCGUGUAAAUAACGAGUCAGCUGUCGACUUAAAGCAGCUUUUGAACGACACAAAAGACGCUCUCGGGGCGCUUAAAUCCCUCGGUAGUCCAAUUGAAUAUUGGGAUCAUAUUCUCGUGUACAUGACAGCGCGAAAACUAGACUCCGAGUCACUCAAGGCGUGGGAAAUUAACAUCGGAGCACAAACAGACCCCGCGUCAUUCGAUGACCUCGAACAAUUCCUGUUCAGCCGUGUUCGUGCUCUGGAAGCCGUCGAUCGAGUAUCGACCUCUCCUAAGGCGCAUUCUAACCCAAUCGCCAAAAUCAAUCCUCAACGCAGCGCGAAAGUACAUCAAACAAAUAUCAACCGAGCGAACGAGAACGAAUCAAAACAGUCCACGGCCGUACCCUCAGGGCUAAAUUGUGCCUUAUGCACAAAGUCGCAUUAUAUUUCAACGUGUCCCGAAAACUGUCGGACAGCAAAGCGGUGUCAAGUGUGCACUGGCCCACAUCACACCACGAUACAUCGUUCGAAAGCCGUGGAGCAACGAGCUCCCGGUUUCAGCGCCACGUCGCCAUCGGAAACACCUGAGCCUAGCAAACAAACUAACGGUGCGGCGAUCCCGGGUCGCGAUGAUCAGCCUAGCACCUCCGUCUCUACAAACGUUGCACUUACAAGUACGAUCCAAUACAAACCAGUACUGCUUGCAACCGCGCUCGUGAAGGUCACCUCUCGUGCCGGGGAAGAACUCAUAAUUAGAGCGUUACUCGAUCAAGCAUCGGAGGUCUCAUUUGUCACAGAAUCACUCGCCCAACGCUUAGCAUUGCCAAGAAUGAAUACCUCGCUGCCUAUACGCGGAAUCGGUGGCAAGCGCACCGUCAAUGCGCGCGGACUCGUCAAUCUCAAUAUCCAGUCUCGCGUCAGAACGUUUUCGCUUCCCGUAAGUGCAUACAUACUUGCAAAACUAACGUCUUACGUUCCCCCUUGUCGAGUACUCAAAAAUAACUGGCGUCAUCUAGAAAAUCUAGAACUUGCCGAUCCAGACUCUAUAGCCUAUAGCGUGAUUCUCGAGGAAGGAUUACCUAAAGGAGAUCAACAAAGCUCCAUAGCUCAGCAAACCGCCCUUGGCUGGAUCCUAUCGGGUUCAAUUCCGUCACAGGACCCCCCUCAAGAAAGGGGGUCGGCAUACGGAUUUCAAUGUUCCGUAGAUCAUGAACUCCUCAGCCUUCUUCAACGUUUCUGGCUUCAAGAAGAAACAACCUCAAAUAGCGAAACUUUACUCUCCGAAGAAGACUCGCAAUGCGAGCAGCAUUUUGUCGAGACUCACUCUCGUUCACCGGAAGGCCGGUACAUCGUACGUAUUCCUCUUAAACAACCCCCAGACAAUCCUGGGGAUUCUCGGAGAUCUGCGCUCUUCGCGUUAUCGCGUCAAGAAAAACAAUUCGAGGCAGAUCCGGCAAGAAAAACCGCCUAUUCAGACUUUCUCGCGGAGUACGAGAAUCUUGGACACAUGACUCUAGUGCCUAAUCCAGACCAAGCUUCGGGACGCGUUUUUUAUCUACCGCAUCAUGCAGUGGUGCGUGACAACAGUACAACUACGAAAAUUCGAGUCGUUUUUAAUGGAUCUGCCCUUACGACACGCAAAAUCUCAAUCAACAGCUUACAGUACGCUGGAGCCAAGCUUCAGAAUGAUCUCGCAGAUGUAAUCACUCGAUGGCAUCGAUACGCGUAUGUUUUCACAGCAGACAUCGAGAAGAUGUACCGUCAAAUCGAAGUACAUCCCGACGACUGGGAUCUGCAGCGAAUUCUAUGGAGAAAAAAUCCACAGGAUCCUGUAUCAACAUAUCAACUGUGCACGGUAACUUAUGGACUUAAAAGCGCCCCGUAUCUGGCCUUACGCGUACUCCGACAGCUCGCAGCUGACGAAAAAUCCCGAUUUUCCCUCGCAGUGAACAUCAUCGAACGAGAAAUCUACGUCGACGACGUUCUAUCAGGAGCCGACGACCUUGAAGGAGCAACAGAAAAAAUUCGCCAAAUCAACGAGUGCCUCGCCAGUGGCUGCUUCAACUCACAAAAAUGGACCUCAAAUUGCGAGGAAUUACUCGAAUAG